AUACCCUCUUGUCUCCCUUUUCCCUCUUCCCUCAUUCUAAUUUCUAAUUCCUUCCACUCCCCUUACCAACCAUGAAGUUGGUUAAGUUGUUCUUUGUUCUAGCAAUAGCCAUGGCCUUAAUCAUAGGCAUCACAGCAGCAAUGCCAGAGGAAGAAGAAGAAGCAGAAGUAGAAGUAGAAGAUAAUGGUGAACAACCAUCAUCUUCUUCAUCUUCUUUGAGGGGAAUUGGUAGGUUCCUGAAACAAAAUUACAGCAGCAACCCUAGGCUGCAAAUGACUUGUAACAAAUAUCCUAGGAUAUGUAGAGCUAAGGGUAGCCCUGGACCUGAUUGCUGCAGCAAGAAAUGUGUCAAUGUGAAAACAGACAGACUCAAUUGUGGUUUUUGUGGGAAGAAGUGCAAGUACAAUGAGAUAUGUUGUGGGGGUAAAUGUAUCAACCCUUCCUCCAACAAGAAGCAUUGUGGGCAAUGCAACAUCAAGUGCAAGAAAGGGUACUCCUGUGAACUGGGUAUAUGCAACUACGCUUAGAGAGAGAGAGAGAAAGCUAUGUAUGUUUGUGUAUGUGUGUGUUUCACCAUCAUUCUUCUUAUUCUUCUUCAUCUAUAGAGCCUUAUAAUUUGUAUUUUUCGAGUGUAAAAUAACAAUAAAGGCAAGCCAUCUACGACGUAGGGGCUUGGCCUAGUUCCUUAAUGCAUGGAG